CAGCGAAAUGCAUCAGUUGCAGUUUGUCUGGUGGCAGCGAGUACAUCACAUCUCUCCUCAGCAGUGAAGCAUCGGCGGGUGUGAAGCAAGUUUUAGUGUGUUGUGUGUGCGUGUUUUGGUGCGGCAAGCUACAGUUCAUCAAGAUGUGCAACCGAUCGUUGAUCCUGGAGCUCCUGCUGGUGGUCACACUCGCGUCCUCGGCACUCAGUGCGUCGUCCUGCUCGUGGCGAUCAGCCGGAAGCAAUUGGUUCGGGGGUGAGAUCUGUAUCCUGCAGAAAGUAUACGAUGAUUGCCAGGAGAAGAGCGAUUUCACCGACUGCCUGAAGCAGAAGGCACUGACUUCGCUGUCCAGAGCGAUUGACAUGGAUUCCAUUCAACUAGUCGAUGGAGUAACCCUAGUCAAACAGAAUUCAUCGGAUGACUCGCAGAAUGAGGCUGUUCCUACUUUCACGGACGCCCGCACUAUGGAAGGUUUGGGAAGCACUGACCGAGCGUUGAUCCAGAAAUUCGACCAAUUCCUGAAAAGUCACUCCGUGCAACUGGACCUGAGCAAUGAGAGCACUGCACGCCGAAGCAAGAACAAGGGAAGCCGAUACAUUAUCGCCGCAUUGUUGACCGCCAUGGGUAUUGCUGGACCGAUUGGUCUCAAAACACUCGGUGCCAUCGCGUUCAAGGCUCUGGUCAUCUCCAAGGUAGCCCUCACCAUCGCCAGUAUCCUGGCACUGAAGAAGAUCUUCAAGAGCGACCACCACGAGGAAACCAGCUUCCAGGUUCACACCGGUCACGACAACCGCCGAGCCACCUAUCUGGUUCGACCAUUCCGGGCUGUCAACGAUCCCUACCGGUACUAUUAUGAGCAGCCAGCACCAACCGUUUAAACACAGUUUACCACGAAAACAGCAGAGAAGAAAAAUCAAACGUAAACCAAGAAUUAUCCCCAAAGCCAAUCGCCAAUCACCAGUCAAUCCGAUUUAGCAGAUAACCAUAGAUAAAGAAAGAGAGAUCAUUUGGAGCAUGUCGGGUGGUCUAUUUUCCCGACCGAGGGAAGUAACACUGAACCGUGCAUAUGCUCCGAGACUGCAUUGUGGCGUUGUCACAAGCGCGUCACAACCCAUCCAAAAACCCCAACACUGAGAACAGAUCAGAGAUGAAGUAACACCAGCGCAUACGAGCCUACUACCUCUCUUGAAUCGUGUAGAAUCAUUGUCAUUUGCCGUUAUUUAUUUUUAAUGUGUAAUUUAUUUAUUUAUUGAAUGCAGCGAUGUCCCUCCUGUGUUGUCGAUAAGCAUAAAUUAAAUUAUUAUUAGUGCAAUAAAUGAAUUGAGUAAAAAAAAA